ACAGCAAUCAUAAUACAGAGAAUAGUACGAAUAUCUAAUUUGAAAACAAUAAGAUGGAGGGCAACUCAUCGACGGAAAACUACAUCAAAUUGUGUAAAAUAUGUGAUCUCAAUGUGCACAAAUAUCUGUGCCCCAGAUGUGGUAUAGAAUAUUGUUCCGUCGAUUGUUACAAAUCUGAAAAACAUUCAGAAUGUUCAGAGAGCUUCUACAGAGGUUGUGUUGAGGAGGAAUUAAGAUUCAAUGAAAAGGACCCAGAAACCAGGAAAAAGAUGCUGGAAAUUUUGCAAAGAAUGCACGAGGAACAUGCGAAUGACAUGGAAGAAAUUGAGGAGCUAGCGCAACAAGAAUUGGACUCUGACGACGAUGAAGAAGUACCAGAUUUAUCUGAUCGUUUACAAAAUAUCGAUUUGGAUGACGCUGAUUCUGUUUGGGCUGCUUUGACUGAUGGUGAAAAACAAGAAUUUGAAACUUUACUACGCAAUGGUGAGAUGGAGAAAUUGUUGCCUCCAUGGAAGCCUUGGUGGUCUUACCGAGCAGAUACGAAACUAGUGGAAGAUCUGAGUAAAACAAGCAAGGCAUUUGACUACAAACAAAACUGCCCACGGAUAAAAGAUAUCAAACACUACAAUGAGAUAUCGAAAGUGCCACCAGCUGAAUGUGUGAAAAAUAACAUUUUGAACGUCCUGCACGCUUAUGCUUUUAGCGCUUUAUAUUUCAAUGGCGACCAUCACAAUUUCCCUAAGGAAGCAAUAUCUAUACUUAUAGAACUUUCUAAUAAUCUCAGAGAAAAUGAAGUUUUCAUUCAAGCUGAUCUAGCCAUUGAAUCUGUUUCCCAACAAGCUAUAAAUUGUCGUUCGCUAGUCGUUGACUCGGAAAACAUAGUGGCGACAAAGAAUGCAUUGACUUGCAUUCUGCAAGGACCUGAAGAUUCCAACAAGUAUUUCUACGUAAAAGCUGCUUUUUCUGACCUACAUCAGCUUUUUUCAAAGUGUAUAGAGUCAAGCAAACUAAAGAAUACCUCUAGAAGCACCAGCAACGAAUUCUCCAAACGAUUUCCCGACCAUGGUGCAAUUUCUGCAACGGAUAUACCUCGAAACAAGUUGAAACUUUAUUUGAAAAAAAUCGAAUACUAUCUUUCUUGGGUUGAAAGCUAUGGCUCGAACCUGUACACGUAGAUUUAUCAUAUGAGAAUAAAAUUAUUUAUAUAAACCA